AUGCACAGCACUCGUUGGUAUCGCGUGUGGGGCAAAAUUUACACAACACGCGUGAAGAAAAGCGGAAAAUGGAAUGAUUUUCUAACACAAGAGAAGCAAAAAAAAUGUGCAAAGUUCACGCGCGUUUUGACAGCUGACUGGUUGGCGCUUCGUGAAUCUUCGGCUAUUCCUUCGGCUCUUCUUCGGGGCGUACACAAUGCUUUUGCAGCACGUGCAGCAUACGCUCGUGGCACGAAGAGCACGAAGAUGUGCCGAACCCCACCAUCGUGCACCAUCUUCGGGUUAUUGUGUCACAGAUGUCAGAUCAAAACAACACAAAAAGACUUUUUGUGUGCAAAAAAUACUCUGCAAAUUAAUUUUCACAAUUUUCCCCCCAUUUUCACGUCAAUUUCCGCUGAAGAAAAGAAGGAGCAACAGUACGAGAAAGGUGAAGAAGAAUGCACGAUAGUGUCAGUGGGUGCAGUAAUGGCAUUCGAUAGUGUUGAGUGGAGUAAUUCCACUGAUGAGGAACUUUCUCCAUUCGAAGAAAUGCAAAAUGUCGAAUCUUUCUGCAAAUUGGUGCUGUACGUUGAGUUCUCCUCAUCUGGCAUUCGAAUUUGGGACGUUGUGAUCUUCAUUCCGAAUCUCCUGUUUCUCCUCUUCCUGGGGCUGCGUUUCAAUCGAGCCAGGCUCAAGCUGAGAGCCACCAGUUCUCCCAUCUUCCUCACAUUCUACGGCAUUGUCUGGGCAUGUGUGCUGAUGAGUGUUUUGCGGUGCUUUGUGUCGAUGCUCGUCAAUGCAGCCACAUCCUUCGGUGGUAUGACCGAUAAGAUUAUGUGGAUUGCCGUGAGAUUUUCCCUGCUUUCCGCCGAAAUGAGCGUUGUGAUCUUCGGACUGGCCUUUGGCCACCUGGACAGCCGCAACAGCAUCCGUGCUGUUCUUGUGACAACAUGCGUGAUUUCGCUGGCUUUUUCACUGGCUCAGGGUGCCCUGGAUAUCGUUCUUCCGGACGAUGCCUUCCACAUUCCGUCGAAGGAUUUGGAUUUAUUUGGGCACGGUGGGAUGCUCUUUCUCUUUGUCACCUCCCUCAUUUUUGCCACAAUCUACCUGAUUAUCUUCCUCCUGCCGUGCACACGUGCUCGUGACUACCUCGCCCUACCGGCUAAGCGUUCAUUCUACGCCUACGUGGCCACCCUCUGCCUCCUCGAUGGGCUCCAGGCUGUGGGUGCGGGGCUGCUCAAUUGGAAUGUGGAGCAAGGUCUGUGCCUGCUGGAUGCCACAAGUGGCCUCUACUUCACCUUCUACACCCCCCUUGUCUACGUGACAUUCCUCCGGGAGUUCUUCAGUAUCUCUCAGCCGACAAUUCUCUUCUCCUACAAGACCCAGGUGGAUGAUGCGCUCGAGGAUGAGCACUACUCCCUGCCGCAGCAGCAAAGCCUCACGAGUCUCAAGACAGAAUCGGAUUUUAUCUGCCCAAAUCACUGUCUCUUCGAAAAUACCCAAUUUGCGGCCAACAAUAAUGCCUCAAUCAAUCUCUGCGGAGUCCAGAGCCCAGACAGUAUUACCGGCUACAGCAUAGAGUCCUCCUCGUCAAUUGAAUUCAGCGGGCGCGGGGAAUUUGGGGGUCUCGUUGCGAGGAAUAAUUAAUUAUAGAGGAAGUUAAUGGAUAAAAAAAAGAAUGAUAAGAAAGGUUUUUUGUAGCGCGCACCCAAAGAAUCUAGUCAAUAGCUUAUGAGGAUUAAUAAGGAAAAAUUGUUGUGAAGAAGAAAAAAAUGUAAUAAGAGGAAAAGUUUAUGAUGUAUGUAAUGGCAAAGUGAACAAAUUAAGUUAAUCAGAGUGAAUAAAAUCUCCGUUUUAAAUAAAGAACGUAAAGAUAA